AUGACUCAACUGAAAGAAUACGUCAGAUUACUGGGAGCCUAUCUGUUCAUCAGUCUUCAUGUUCAAGGGCAAAAUCUAGACAGCAUGCUCCAUGGCACAGGAAUGAAGACAAAUCCUGACCAGAAGAAACAGGCAAAUGGAGUAACAUUGGCUCCAGAGGACACCUUACCUUUUCUACAGUGCUACUGUUCAGGACAUUGUCCGGAUGAUGCUAUUAAUAACACAUGCAUAACUAACGGGCAUUGCUUUGCCAUUGUUGAAGAAGAUGAACAUGGAGAACCCAUCCUUGCUUCAGGUUGCAUGAAGUAUGAAGGUUCAGAUUUUCAGUGCAAGGAUUCCCCAAAAGCACAGCUACGUCGGACAAUUGAAUGCUGUCGAACUGAUUUCUGCAAUCGGGAUCUACAGCCCACACUACCGCCACUUGGUAGUACAGAUGGACUUUUUGAUGGCAGCGUUCGUUGGAUGGCAGUGCUGAUUUGUAUGGCAGUCUGCAUCAUUGUUAUGAUCAUCUUAUUUAGCUGCCUUUGUUACAAACAUUACUGUAGAUGGGUAGCAAAAAGACGUUGUUAUAAUCGUGAUCUGGAGCAAGAUGAAGCAUUUAUUCCAGCCGGGGAGUCAUUAAAGGAUCUUAUUGACCAGUCACAGAGUUCUGGCAGUGGAUCAGGACUACCUCUGUUGGUUCAGCGCACUAUUGCCAAACAGAUUCAGAUGGUGCGGCAAGUUGGGAAAGGGCGAUAUGGUGAGGUGUGGAUGGGUAAAUGGCGAGGCGAAAAAGUGGCAGUCAAAGUAUUUUUUACCACUGAGGAAGCCAGUUGGUUCAGAGAAACUGAGAUUUACCAGACUGUUCUAAUGCGUCAUGAAAACAUACUUGGUUUUAUAGCAGCUGAUAUUAAAGGCACAGGCUCCUGGACACAACUUUACUUGAUUACAGAUUACCAUGAAAAUGGAUCCUUGUAUGACUUCCUGAAAUGUGCCACACUUGACAACAGGGCUUUGCUCAAACUGGCUUAUUCUGCUGCAUGUGGUCUGUGCCAUCUACACACAGAAAUUUAUGGGACACAAGGCAAGCCUGCUAUUGCACACAGGGACCUGAAGAGUAAAAAUAUCUUGAUAAAGAAAAAUGGAAGCUGCUGUAUUGCUGACCUGGGUCUUGCAGUCAAAUUUAACAGUGAUACGAAUGAAGUUGAUGUCCCUUUGAAUACUAGAGUGGGAACAAAACGUUACAUGGCCCCAGAAGUCCUAGAUGAAAGCCUAAAUAAAAAUCAUUUCCAACCAUAUAUCAUGGCUGACAUCUACAGUUUUGGCUUGAUCAUUUGGGAAAUGGCUCGGCGUUGUGUCACAGGAGGUAUUGUUGAAGAGUACCAGUUGCCAUAUUAUGACAUGGUGCCGAAUGAUCCAUCUUAUGAAGAUAUGAGAGAGGUGGUGUGUGUCAAGCGCCUACGCCCAGUGGUAUCUAACAGAUGGAAUAGCGAUGAAUGUUUAAGAGCAGUGUUGAAGUUAAUGUCUGAAUGCUGGGCCCACAAUCCUGCCUCUAGACUUACAGCGUUGAGGAUCAAGAAGACACUUGCCAAGAUGGUGGAAUCACAAGAUGUAAAGAUUUGA